AACAAUAGUGUGCUUCAACCGUUAUGAUGCCGCGUGCUUUUGGAACAAGUUAAAACGCCAAAAUUUACAAGCACUGAACAAUUCAUGUUUUAAGCCGCAAAUUAAUAAAAAUAAACACGCCACCAUGUACGCAGCUGUUAAGCCGCUCUCCAAGUAUCUGCAGUUCAAGUCGGUGCACAUCUACGAUGCCAUUUUCACGCUGCACUCCAAAGUGACGGUGGCCCUGCUCUUGGCCUGCACCUUUCUACUUUCCUCGAAACAAUAUUUCGGGGAUCCUAUCCAGUGUUUUGGGGACAAGGACAUGGACUACGUGCACGCCUUUUGCUGGAUUUACGGCGCCUAUGUGAGCGACAAUGUGACUGUGGCGCCGCUGAGAAAUGGCGCUGGCCAGUGCCGACCAGAUGCGGUGAGUAAGGUGGUGCCACCGGAGAAUCGCCACUACAUCACCUACUAUCAAUGGGUGGUGCUGGUUCUGCUCCUCGAGUCAUUUGUCUUCUAUUUGCCCGCCUUUCUCUGGAAAAUUUGGGAAGGCGGUCGACUGAAGCAUUUGUGCGACGAUUUCCACAAGAUGGCCGUUUGCAAGGACAAGAGCAGGACUCAAAUUCGCGUACUGGUCAAGUACUUCUCCAGCGACUACAAGGAGACCCACUUCCGCUACUUUGUCAGCUACGUCUUUUGUGAGAUACUCAACUUGAGCAUCAGUAUUCUCAACUUUCUUCUAUUGGACGUAUUCUUCGGCGGUUUUUGGGGCCGCUACCGUGAUGCCUUGCUGUCGCUUUACAACGGCGAUUAUAACACGUGGAACAUCAUCACCAUGGAGGUCUUUCCCAAGUGCGCCAAGUGCGAGAUGUACAAGGGCGGCCCCAGCGGUUCGUCCAACAUAUACGACUACCUCUGCCUGCUGCCCCUGAAUAUACUGAACGAGAAGAUCUUCGCCUUCUUGUGGCUGUGGUUUAUACUGGUGGCUAUGCUCGUUGCCCUAAAGUUCCUGUACCGCCUGGCCACCGUUUUGUAUCCCGGAAUGCGCCUGCAGUUGCUUCGGGCCAGGGCACGUUUCAUGCCCAAGACGCACCUACAGGUGGCACUGCGCAAUUGCAGUUUUGGCGACUGGUUCGUGCUGAUGCGCGUGGGCAACAACAUCAGCCCCGAGAUUUUCCGCAAGUUACUGGAGGAGCUUUACGAAGCUCAGUCCUUGACUAAAAUACCGCCGGGAGCGGAUGAAAUCUAAGAUCUUAUUGAAACAGUAUUCUCAUUUGAAUUACAUCUACAGUAGAAGACAACUAUGUAUAACAUACAUUGAUUCUUUUUCACAUUACCCCCAUCGAUAUGUGCAUAUUAUCGAAGAAAUUGUUAACUAAUCUAAGUCAUGCUAAGCGAAAAAUGGCAUUUUCAGUACUUGAGUACAUUCUCAUAUUUCUCAUUCAUCAUAAUCGUUCUUGACCACUUUAAUACUUAAUUGGCUUGAUAUAGGUUGAAAACUGUAUGUUUCUCUAAUAAAAUUUGAAAGUGAAAAGAA